AUGCCAGCCAUCCAAUUCAAAACAGCGUCUCGAACGAUGGACGACGGAUCCAAGGUACACAUUUGCACGUCUUCUUCUUGUCUUUCUGAUUAUAGGGUGUUGUCUUCCCCCUUCCCCCGUUCCGCCAGCUCCUUUUCUCUUUCAGUUCCUCGUACCGAUAGUCACGAUGACGUCACGCCGUCGUCACAGUAACCAUCGCCGCGUCCGAAUCGAGUGGGUCCGCCACUCGGCCUGCAUUUGCAUCGUCUACGUCCUCGCCGCCGUGAUAACCACUUCCUACUACUCGGCGUGCUUUCUCACUCAGUACGGAGCCGUCUACGCGUUCGUCGAUCGAAGCGUCAAGCCCAUGCCGAUCCUCAACGAGCCGACGCUCACCCGCGUCAUCAUGAUCCAGUGGCUGAUGCUGGCGGCGGUGCUCAUCUCCGGCCUCUCCCUGUUCCGUCGCAUCUUCAUGCCGCUCUACAUCUUCCUCGCUGUCAUGGCCACCAACGGAACGCUCACUCUGUUCGUUGUCAAGAUGAAGCAGUUUGCUGACGGAAAGAUUCCCCGCGGUAAGGGAAGUUUGUGUUGUUCCACAAAAUUCAUUUUGCUCUCAGAUGACCUCUCGCUGAAUCUCGUCGGAAUCCUUCUGUUCACCGCCACUGCUCACAAUCUCGUCUAUUUGUAUGCUAUCCAUCUGUACCUCAACCGCUCGCGCUCCCGAGUCUACCGCGCCACUGCUUCGCCGCCAGCCUACGAAGCCGAUUCGACCGCCGAGCAGAAAAUGCCCGUCGACAACUUUGUCUAA